CUCCCUUCCAUCAGUCGUCGAAUUUGAGCGGAGCGCACGAUGCCAAACACGCGGUUUCCCAAGAUCGACCUGCAGGAGAUUCGAGAUGACUUCAUCAAGUUCGAGCUGAGCGAGACAGACACUAGCGUGGCCAAUGCGAUUCGCCGCGUGAUGAUCGCCGAAGUCCCUACCCUCGCGAUUGACCUCGUGAGCAUUGAAGUCAACACCAGUGUCAUCACGGACGAGUUCCUCGCGCAUCGUUUGGGUAUGAUUCCUCUGCGCUUGGAAGGAGGCUUGGAAGCGUUCAAGAAGCGCUUCGUGUACUCGGCAGACUGCGACUGUGACGAACAUUGUCCCAAUUGCAGUGUCGAAUUUGAAUUGGACGUUCGCGCCGAAAGCGGGACGCAAACGGUCACGUCGGAUUCGCUGCGAUCGCUAGAUCCGUACAUCAAACCAGUUCACUUUAGCUCGGAAGAAGAAGCGAACAACACACAAGACACGGGGGUGAUCAUUGCCAAGUUGGGACCCGGGCAGCGCCUGAAGCUGAACGCGAUUGCGAAGUUGGGGAUUGGCAAGGAACAUGCAAAGUGGUCUCCCGUCGCAGUCGCCACCUACAUGUUCGAACCCAUCAUCACCCUCAACCAGAAUGUCUUGAACACGUACACCAGCGAACAGCGAGUGGAACUGUACAAAUCAUGUCCUACCCGAGUAUUUGAGAUCGACGACACAUACGACACUCUUCAAGUGGAGGACAACAUGCGAUGCAUGUACUGCGACGAGUGUGUCAAGCUAGCAAGCAGCUAUCGAGAAAACCCCGAAGAUGACAUGGCUGUCACAGUCACAGCCACCCAAGACAAGUUCAUCUUCUCAGUCGAGACCACAGGCCAAUUGAAGCCCGAGGAAGUGGUGAUCUGGGCUUUGGACAUUAUCAAGGACAAAUUGGCCGCGCUGAAGCAUCAAUGCUUAGAACUUUCGCAAGAUGAAGGCAUGUCCACUCAAAACGUCCCUAUCACUCCGUUUGGAUAAGUGAAGGCACUUCGGGACUUACAGUUGCUUGAGUAUAAUCCUUUCGCCCUACAGUAGUUAUCUUGAGCAUAUUGACAUAUCCAUGGCUGAAGUAGUAGUACACUGCUAGCGUCGAUUACG